AUGGCAGAGCUGUUCUUCAAAGUGCCCCAGAUCACAUCGAUCAUCCUGAUCAAACCACUCAAAAACAGCAAAAAGAAUCUAGAAUCCAGGAACGUUUGCAACAUUAAUGUCAAAGUCUCCCAAAACAAGUCCACAGCCUCGCUGUUCAAUCCUUGUGACGUGGAUCCCAAGGCUCGUGCACUUUCCUCUGACAGCCGCUCGUGUUUCAAGGAGGAAUGUCGUGCCAGAGAGAUGGCAUCUGCCGUUGACCUGUUGCUCCGAAAGGCGAAUUGCGAAGCGUCGAGGUUGACCGCAUGUUGGCCUAUGAACUCCUGCCAUGACGUGGCCAAACGAAGUUGCAGGAGCUACAGCUCAAACUCCUGGUCAGAUAUACAUUCACUUUCUCAAUCAGACUCCCAAUGGAGCAGGUAUCCACCUCUAAAGAAUUAUUCCACAAUACAGCAAGACAUGGAAGUGCUGAAGCCUGAUUGGACACACAAGCUGUUGCAGUACGGCUACCAGAGUCACAGCUUUACCCCUGAGGAAAGAUCAGAAGGUGCAGCUGUAUUGAAAAUGAUUGAGUGGCCAAAGCCUUCGAACUCCAGUGUGCCUUUCCGGAAAAGCAGCAACCCAUCACUUACGCAUUUUGUUAUUUUGAAUUCUGGAAAGAAUUUCUAUGUUGGAGAUCAGCUGCAGGUGAUGUUGCGUAUGUACGAUUUUGAAGGAAAUCCGAAGCAAUAUGGGGGUGACUAUCUCCAAGCCCGGAUCCACACUCCAGAGUUGAAAGCCGGUUCAGCAGGAACGGUUAUAGAUCACCAAAAUGGAACUUACCACAUCAAUUUUACUUUAUUCUGGCCAGGAAAAGUUCAAGUGUCUGUUUCACUGGUUCAUCCCAGUGAAGGGAUCCAGGUACUUUGGAGACUUCGUGAAGAACAGCCAUUUAGAGUGCUUUUGAGAAGUCACUUCAAAUAUGGGGCUAUUUCAGAGACUACAAUAUGCAAUGCAUUUUUACCUCAGACUAAACCACUUUGUAACUUUACUGACCUCAGGACUGGAGAGCCUUGGUUCUGUUAUAAACCAGAAAAGCUUUCCUGCUCUUCUCGUGUCAACUAUGACAGAGCAGGAUAUGCAAAACUGAAUGUGAAAGGGGAAGAUAUUAAAUUUUUUCAAAGUAAAGUCAAUCUCAAGAAGCCUUUACUUCCCAGUACCAGAGAUUAUGUAACUGUAAAACCUUCACCUCAGGCACCUGCAGUUCCUGGUAAAUGUGUCCGGGGAAAACCAAUGAUAUCACCAUCUGGCUUUUAUUACAAGAACCAGUGGAUGUCAUCAAGCUGCAAAAUCCGUCGUUUUGACACUGCUGUAAACACUACGGACUGUCUCCGAGGGAAGAAGAUGUAUCUGAUUGGAGAUUCCACAAUGCUCCAGUGGUUUACAUACUUGACUCGAUUUCUUCCAGGUCUGAAAGUAUUUGACCUUGGCUCUUCUGGAAUUGCCGGCCCUCUCCUUGCUGUGGACAAAGAGCACAACAUCAUGGUGGAAUUUCGUGUUCAUGGACCCCCAAUCCAAUUCUACAAUAUUUGGAGCCAGCUAUUGCGGUACACUUCAAAUAAAAUAGAUGAAGUUAGAGGAGGGAAAGAUACAGUCAUAGCAAUUACCUUAUGUGUCCAUUUUGCCUCUUAUCCAAUAGAAGUGUACAUUCGGAGGCUGCAGUACAUCCGGAGGUCAAUCCUAUUGCUUUUGGGCAGGAGUCCAGAUACAGUAGUGGUAAUAAAGACGGCUAAUGUACGGGCCCUUACACCAUCCUUCAGUCUACGCCAGAGUGAUUGGUUUUCCUAUCAGCUUGAUUUAGUAUUGAGGAGGAUAUUUGCAGGCAUGAAUGUAGCAUUUGUAGAUGCGUGGGAAAUGACCAUAGCCCACUACCUGCCCCAUAACAUACACCCUCAUCAACUUAUUAUAAAAAAUGAAAUGGAUGUAUUUCUUUCAUUUGUCUGCCCAUCUAAAAAAGGUUGA